GAUGGCAGCAAACAAAAAACUAUGAUGAAAACAUAAGGGAUUAGGGGGUUUUUUUGCUGCACCUGUAUUCUCUCCGAUGGCCCAGCCUAAUCCAAAAUGCUCAGUUCCUUGGAAAGGCACAAUAAUUAUUUUGGCUCUGUGAGACUCCCUGGAAUGUAUUCUCUUAGAGGUUCUUCAGCAAAAGCACUUGUGAGCUUGAAAGAGGGAAGUUUAUCCAGUUCGUGGAAUGAAAAGUAUAAUUCUCUGCAGAAAACACACAGUUGGAAGAACAAGAAUGCUGGUUCUGCUGUGGAAAUGCCCUUCAGAAAUUCAAAACGGAGCCGACUCUUCAGUGAAGAAGAUGACAGACAAAUAAACACAAGGUCACCCAAAAGAAAUCAGAAGGUUGCAAUGGUUCCACAGAAGUUUAGUACAACAAUGUCCACACCAGAAAAGAAAGUAUCACAGAAGAUUGGUUUGCGGCUUCGUAACCUGCUCAAACUGCCCAAAGCUCACAAGUGGUGCAUAUACGAGUGGUUCUAUUCAAAUAUAGAUAAGCCGCUGUUUGAAGGAGAUAAUGAUUUCUGUAUAUGCCUGAAAGAGUCUUUUCCAACUUUGAAAACCAGAAAAUUGACAAGAGUAGAAUGGGGGAAAAUCCGGCGAUUGAUGGGAAAACCACGGAGGUGUUCCUCUGCAUUCUUUGAGGAAGAGAGGUCAGCAUUAAAACAGAAACGGCAGAAAAUCAGACUUUUGCAGCAGCGGAAAGUUGCAGAUCUUUCACAGUUCAAAGAUCUUCCAGAAGAAAUUCCAUUACCGCUUGUAAUAGGAACAAAAGUUACAGCCCGUUUGCGAGGUGUCCAUGAUGGCCUGUUCACAGGACAAAUAGAUGCUGUAGACACUCUUAAUGCUACCUACAGAGUGACUUUUGACAGGGCAGGUCUUGGAACACACACAGUCCCAGAUUAUGAAGUUCUUAGUAAUGAGCCUCAUGAAACCAUGCCAAUCGCUGCCUUUGGACAGAAACAACGGCCUUCACGUUUCUUCAUGACUCCUCCCCGAUUGCCAUACACACCUUCACUCCAGUCUCCAAUCACAGACAGUGAUCCUUUAUUAGGACAAUCUUCAUGGAAAAACAAAAUUUCAGGCACAGAUAGUGAAACACUAGGAGGCUUUCCAGUAGAAUUCCUCAUUCAAGUGACCAGGUUAUCAAAAAUCCUUAUGAUCAAGAAGGAACACAUCAAACAAUUGAGAGAGAUGAAUACAGAAGCAGAAAAGCUGAAAUCCUAUUCCAUGCCAAUCGGCAUUGAGUUUCAGAGGAGAUAUGCAACUAUUGUUCUAGAUCUAGAACAACUAAACAAAGACUUAAAUAAAGUUUUGCAUAAAGUUCAACAGUACUGCUAUGAGCUUGCUCCUGACCAGGGCCUCCAGCCUGCUGACCAACCCACGGAUCUGAGGCGCAGAUGUGAAGAGGAAGCUCAGGAGGUCGUCAGACAAGCAAAUACCUUGUCAACAGGACAACUCUGUGUGGGCAGUGAAAAUUUAACUGAUCUUAUCUCUAGACUUACAGCAAUAUUACUGCAAAUUAAGUGUCUAGCAGAAGGAGGCGAUCUGAAUUCCUUUGAAUUUAAGUCACUAACAGAUUCAUUAAAUGACAUUAAGAAUUCAAUAGACUCCUCAAAUAUCAGUUGUUUUCAGAAUAAUGUUGAGAUCCAUGUUGCACAUAUUCAGAGUGGUCUGAGCCAGAUGGGAAACUUACAUGCUUUUGCAGCUAAUAACACCAACAGAGACUAAAAACUUCAAGUGUACAGCAAGUAAUUCUGGAAAAUCUUCUUCCUUUCUAUAUGCUUCACCAAAUACCCCUAACUGCCAGAAGACAAGGGAAGAGAAAACCUCUCAAAAAGGACCCUUUUAAGUAUAUUAUAUCUGCUUCUUAAGGAAACCAGCAUUACUGGCCAGCGUUACAUUAGAUUUCUCCAUUUGUUAAUCACAUGCAGUAGUUUUGCUAACUGGUAAUCUCUUAGUUAUCGCAUUGAUUAUAGUAAACUUGAAAGCAUACUUUCAUAUAAUUUGAACUUAGUUUUUAAAAGUUCAGAUUGAUUCUGCACACCACUUGUUGUUGGAUCUCCUGGUAUGUUAGAAGUGAAGAAGAGGAAAUGGCUCGAGUUAGUAGCCACAUGGCAGGUCUUUGUUGUGUAAAGCUACACCUCUGUGUAGCUCUUCAGAGCUGCCAGGUCAGCCUUUGGGAAGCCUGAGCGUUCCUGAUCUAAAGAAGCAGCAUCAGGAUACAGUCAGCAAACAUAAACUAUAAACUGGAGGAUGUUGGGCAGGUCUAUCGAUCGGUCAAUGUCUUGUUGGAACUCUUAAUUUAUCAUAACUUAUGGAAGGAGUCUAAUGAAGGAAUAUAAAAACAUAACUGUUAACUUUCCAGAAAGAGAUUGGUUAUGGCUUUUUCCCUUCACAAAGGGCAAAAGAAGUGCUUUAGGUGGUAUUUUAUAUAAGUGACUGGUUAAACAUAAUGUUUUUCCAAAUUCUUGUUUGUUUUGCACAAGUUUUAAAUUAGAUUACUGGUUAUUCAACAAUACCAACUAUAUAUAAAUAUGAAGAUUUUUGUAACUGAAGACAACCAGUGAGGUAAACUGCAAAAAUAAGAAGUGAUAACCUGCCUAUACCUUUUGGAAUGUUAAUCUUGUAAAAAGUGUGUAUUGGUUUGUUUAAAUAGUCUUGUAAAGCUUCUGUGUAAUGAAUUGUUUCCAGAUAUGGAUUUUCAGAGAUAGCUGUAGAGAUGUUUUUGAUUCUUUUAGAUGCCUCAUUAAAUAAGGUCUUUUAUAUGUUAUUGUAUAAAGAAUAUGUAAACAGGAUUAUUUUCAAUUUUAAAAUUUUGUAUAGUUUAAAGAUGCUUCUGUAUUCCGUGUUGGUAUUGUGCCACUGCAAAACUUUAGUGCAGAGUUUAUAUUUAGCUAAAUUUGUUCUGUUAAUUAAGAGAAAUGCAUAAAUCUUUUAUUCUCAAUGAAAUUUGUAACUGAAUAAAUUGACCUAUGAGAGUUGAUAUAUUUCAAAAAAAUGC